AAAACCCAUCACUCAGUGCUGCAUCUCUUAGCCGAAUUAGGGUUUCACAUUCUUCUCCGCCGCUCGCUCUCCAGCAGACUCCAGCAACAAUGGUGGCCGCCAAGAAGACCAAGAAGACUCAUGAGAGCAUCAACAACAGGCUCGCUCUCGUGAUGAAGAGCGGGAAGUACACGCUCGGAUACAAGACCGUGCUUAAAACCCUACGCAACUCCAAAGGUAAGUUGAUCUUGAUCUCGAACAAUUGCCCGCCUUUGAGGAAAUCCGAGAUUGAGUACUAUGCUAUGCUCGCGAAGAUUGGUGUUCACCAUUACAACGGAAACAAUGUUGAUUUGGGGACUGCGUGUGGGAAGUACUUCCGUGUUUCGUGCCUCAGCAUUGUUGAUCCUGGUGACUCGGACAUCAUCAAGUCACUGCCCGGUGAUCACUGAGGAAAGAUAAAUAGUUUUAAUGAUUUACUUCGAUAUUCUGGAUCCGUUGUAUCAUUUUCUCUAUUUCAUAUGUAAGACAUUUUUAUCUUAGUCUUGGAAUUAUCAUCUCGAAUAUUCUAUGCUGUGUGUUAUGGUUCAGCGUGGUCAUGUCCUUGCUGGUUUUUGACAGUCAAUGCAAUGCACUUCCAUUAAUCA